AUGGCCGCUAUUGCCUCUGGUCCUUCCACCGCAUCUCUCGCUCGCAGCCUCUCCACAAUCUCUCGUCCCGCGCGUAAGCACGCUACGACCCUGCUAGUGAGUGGCUCGUCGUUCGCGAAGGGUAGCGCUCCGAGCUUCCGCCAGGCGUUUGCCAUUAAGACUGCUUCCAGGAGCGCGUCGGCGUCCACAAAGGGCGGAGCGAUGGGUGCCAACGCAUCCGCGGCGACUUUCGCGGGGAAGACCUUCCACGACUUCACUGUCAACGAUAUCAGCGGCAACCCCGUGUCGCUGUCGCAGUACAAGGGCAAGGUCGUUCUCGUCGUCAACGUCGCCUCGCAAUGUGGACUCACCGAUUCCAACUACAAGGAGCUGCAGUCGGUUUACGACAAGCUUAAGGACAGAGGUUUGGAGAUCCUCGCGUUCCCGUGCAAUCAGUUCGGGUCGCAGGAGCCGGGCAGCAACGAGAAGAUUAAGGAGUUCGCGUGCUCCAGAUACCGCGCCACCUUCCCGCUCUUUGACAAGGUGGAUGUGAACGGGGCGAACGCAGCCCCGGUCUACCAGUUCCUGAGGUCGCAGAAGGGUGGAGGACUGCUGGGUGACUCGAUCAAGUGGAACUUCGGCAAGUUCCUUGUGGACAAGGAUGGCAAGGUCGUGGAGAGAUACGCUCCUACCACCUCUCCUUCCGCCAUCCAGGGCGAGAACGGAGUAGCAACGGAGGUACCCAAGGGCAUCGAGCAGGCGGCGGCGGCGGGAAAUCUGGACAAGUUCGAGGGGACGACGAUCGUGAGCCCGAGCACGGACAGCAUGCUGCUGGUGGACGUGAAGAAGGCCGGGUGGAACGCCAUGAAGUGCCACAAGGACCUGGGCGCGCCCGGGCAAGGCGCGUGCACGCCCGCCAACUGCAGCAAGGGCGGCAUCCCGGCGAAAUGGAAGACGUCGAAUCUGCUCAAGAACAAGCUCGGCGUGGAGAUGUACGUCAAGGGUAACCCGCUCACGCUCAAGAAGGCGUCCCCGCAGACGUGCUGCAACACGUGCGCGUCGUUCAAGAGCUGCACGUACUGGCAGUACAUCCCCGAUAUAACCAUCGACGGCAAGAAGACGGACGGCGCGUGCUACCUGGUGCACGACAACAUCGACUACUCGUGCGGCGAGCUCACCGCGCAGUACGCCACGGACUCCAAGCCCAUCGCGCUGCAGGUGCGCACGGGCGGCGAGUGCAACCCCGCCGCGAACGUCGUCAACGACCCGCAUCUGGUGGGCGCGUUCGGGACGCACUUCGACUUCAACGGGCGGCCCGACAAGGCGUUCUGCCUGCUGACGGACCGCGACCUGCACGUGAACAUGCUGCUGCGCGGGUACUACUCGGACGACACGGAGAACGCGGCGCUCGUGGUGGACGGCAAGGCCGUGCACACGUGGAUCAAGGAGCUCGGGCUCGUGUGGUUCGCGGCCGGCGCGGAUCACAAGCUGCGCCUCGCGGCGCGCGGCGGCAAGCAGCAGGAGCGCGGCGACGGGUUCAUGAAGACGAUCGAGAUCGACGGCGAGGAGAUCCCGAGGAUGGCCGUCGGCGACGAGGUGAAGACUGAGGGCGGCUUGACGCUGCGAUUUGCCGCGCUGGAGAAGGAGGGCCCGUAUGACGUGGACUACUACACGCUCGCGAUCGACGGGCUCGUGUCGCUCGACCUGCGCCUGCGCGUCGCGAACCCCAAGCUGCAGACGCCAAACGAUGCCGAGGCGCACAUCAACGUGGGGAUUGUCGAGCUGGAGCACACCGACGACGUGCACGGCGUGCUCGGCCAGACGUACCGCCCCGACCACGCCGCGCGCGCCGCGGAUUUCCAGCGCCUGAUCGCGAACCUGCACCGUCCGAUCUCGUCGGACAGCGAGGAGGGCGUGGGGUUUUUGGACGGCACGCCGCGGUCGUACGAGUCGAGCUCCGUGCUGUCCGUGGACUGCGCGCACACCGAGUACCACCGCGCCAAGCAGCUCAGCCCGGUCGAGGAGUUCCCCAGGGAGCCGCUUCACUGA